UCUGGAGAACAGGGAGGGACUGUUGAACUUAUGAACAGUGCACUUAUAUGAUUCAGGAGUAUAUAUUAAAAUCCACUACAGUGUUCAGCUACCUCCCUCCCAGUGGUCAUAGCGAUCACAGGACUCAAACCUGCACUAAUACUGCUUACUGUGUGCAGAAGCCUUUUCAAAAAAACUCUCCCACAUUUCCAAAAAAAUAGUGACGGAGUCAUAUGUGAAGAAACUGGUAGAACAACUGGAAAGUUGAUGACAUAUCAAAGAGAUGUCAUGUCAUGACUAGUUGCAUUAGUUCAGCAAACUGUUUUUCAGUUCAGAGAUCUCUUUGUUGACUGUUUGGACCAGUGAUAAAACAUGCCUAUUAGAAAUGAAGCUUUGUUUAAUGAUGCAAUGUAUGUAAACUAAUUUAAAAAAUAAUCUGUAAUAGUUUUCAAUUAUGUGAAUUUAAAGCGUCUAUUUAUCUGUAAUGCUCCGUUCUGUUUCUCACCCAAAUGUUAAAAUUCAGAUCUGAAUUAUUAGACAUUGUGUGCAGCACAUUUUUAGUACAUUUUAGACAGAAAAAAUGUUUUUCUUUUUUUUUCCCUCUUUCUAGUUACCAGUGCCAUAUGAUAAUUAAUUCUGAAAGUGCUCAAUAAGGAUACCUUUUAUACAGCUUCCACUGAUUUCUUGCUGGUUGCUCUUCCAAUAGUAUAAACACUGUUAAAUGUUUUCUGUAAAAACUACUGUGAAGAUUGGAAUAAAGCAGAAUAAUCAUUUUGUCUCUAGUAAAUAGAUGUGUGAUGCAGACUACUGGUAUUUUCAAACCCGCUGCUAUGAUGCUUCAAGAUGUAGGUAGUGGCCACUUUGUAAUUUGAUGACUGGCUUUAAUAAAUAAUGUAGCUUUUUCUAGGUUCUCUAUAACCAAUGUUGUUCCUAUUCACUCUUUGAAAGACAGAGGAGCACAGCACUUCUCUGAAAAAAGCAACAACAAAAAAAAUAAAACUGCAUCUGCCUUUUCUAAACGGUGCCAUUAUUUGGUGUAAACAUGAAUCCUGAAUACGACUACCUAUUCAAGCUGCUGCUAAUCGGAGACUCUGGUGUGGGGAAGUCGUGUCUGCUGUUGCGGUUUGCUGAUGACACCUAUACUGAAAGCUACAUCAGCACAAUAGGGGUUGACUUCAAAAUCAGGACUAUUGAAAUGGACAGCAAGAUAGUUAAACUGCAAAUUUGGGAUACAGCUGGUCAGGAGCGAUUUCGCACAAUUACCUCCAGCUAUUACAGAGGUGCCCAUGGUAUUAUUAUUGUAUAUGAUGUUACUGAUCAGGAAUCCUUCAACAACAUAAAGCAAUGGUUGGAGGAGAUUGAUCGCUAUGCAUGUGAAAAUGUCUCAAAGUUGUUGGUGGGGAACAAAAGUGAUUUAACUUCAAAAAAAGUGGUGGACUUCACUACAGCAAAGGAAUUUGCUGAGACUCUUAAAAUCCCAUUCUUGGAGACAAGUGCAAAGAAUGCAAGCAAUGUGGAGAAGGCGUUUUUAACGAUGGCCUCUGAAAUCCAGAAGCGGGUUGUGGAAGACAACGUUCAGAACGAAACUGUCAAAGUGGGAAAAAUCAAUAGUGCUCCAUUGUGGCAUGGAGCUCAGAAAGCAACGGCUGAGGAGGUCAACACCUGCUGUUAGUGCUAACAGACUUAACACUGAGUAUGUUUAUGGCAUUUGGAUAUUUAAAAAGAAUAAUCUGACUAAUUUCACAGAUUAUAUUGAUGUCUUAAGUUGGGUUAUGAAUGAAUAUGAAUAUGUGUUGUGUAUUGUUGUAAAGGAUUUAAUGUCAGAUUAAAUGAGUCUGGUAACAAUGGCAGUUCAAUGAUGUACACAGUUAUUUAGCACUUAAUUUAAAGAGUGAAAUAUUAAUUUUUGCUCAUAAAUUAUAGCUACAACACAUUAUAAUAUUAAAAAGAAAGCCCAAGUUAGAUUAUUCUAAAUGGUUAUCUAUCUUUUGGAUAUAUAUUUAGCCCCUGAUUCUAUAUCCCUUGAAACAUCUUAAACUGCCAGGACAGUAGGUCCAGAUUUCAGUUCAUAAAGCUCAUAAAUACAUGUAUUUUCUAUACAUUGUACACUGUAGUCAUUAAUGAGUAUGUUUUAUUUAUGAAACUGCAAAUAACUGAAUAAGCAGGGACUUUAAAUAAGAUAUUGUGUUUUUGUCUGCUAAUGGUUUUUAGAAUGCAUAUAAAUGUUUGGUCUGUUGUGCAUUUGUCAGGGUAAAAUAACAUUCAUCAGAAUUUAAACUUUAAAAGAAAAAGAUGAAGCUCUGUUCUUAUGGGCCACUGACAGUUUGACUAGAUGAAUUAUAAAUGAAUAUCAGGCCUUAAAUUUUGAUUAAUAAAAUGAAAAAUGCUUUGGAACAAUAUACUUUUUUAAUAUUCAAAAGAUUGUUAUGUGGAGAUACAUAAGCAGAUAUUUUGUGGUUUUUAUUUGAUA